AUGUCGAAAGACACGGUCUUCUACCCUCGCGUCUUGAAAAAGGGUCCCUUCACCGUCGAGGCAGCCGGCUACGAGCCCGUCGAAGGAGAGACCAUUCCGCGGCGUCACCCCUCGGCCAAAGACGAGCUUCUCAAGACGCCCAACCCAGAGAUUGCUACCACUUACGACAACCUCAGAUGGAGCGCAAAGACGUACGGGAACUCCAAGGCCGUCGGCUCGCGCAGGGUCGUCAAGACGCACGUUGAAAACAAGAAGGUCAAGCGGCUCAUCGAGGGCGUCGAGCAGGAGGUCGACAAGGAAUGGACCUACUUUGAGCUCAGCGGCUACAGCUACCUGACCUUCACGGAGUACGAGCAGCAGGCUUUGCAGCUGGGUGCCGGCCUCAGGAAGCUCGGCCAUCAGACCGGCAGCAGACUCCAUCUCUUCAGCUCUACCAGCGCUCACUGGCUGUGUCUUUCUCACGGCGCCGCAUCUCAGUCCAUCACCAUUGUGACUGCGUACGAUUCCCUCGGCGAAGAAGGUGUUCGACACUCCCUCCAGCAGACUCGCAGCGAGUCCAUUUUUCUAGACCCUACCCUGCUCCCACUGCUACGAAAAGUCCUCAAGGAUGCAAAGGAUGUCAAGAAUGUCAUCUACGACACCAACUCGGAACCCAAACAGGAACAUAUCGAUGCGCUCAAGGAGGACUUUGGCCACAUCAACAUCAUGACCUAUGAAGACCUCCGAAAACUGGGCGAAGAAACCCCGUUGACCCGGUACCCCCAUCCCGCGACGACCUCUGCUGUAUCAUUGGCGGGUGGUGAUUCAAUUGUUGGGCCUUAUCUCGGUCCCAGCGACGUGCUCCUGACCUAUCUGCCUCAAGCCCACAUCCUCGAAUUCGUAUUUGAGAACCUCUGUCUGUUCUGGGGUGGCACCAUGGGCUAUGGAAGCCCCAAGACCCUCUCAGACACCUCCGUCAGAAACUGCAAGGGUGAUAUCCGCGAGCUCCAGCCAACUAUUCUCGUCGGUGUUCCCAUGGUCUGGGAAUCUGUGAAGAAGGGCAUCAUCGGCAACGUCAACAAGAACAGUGCCAUCGUCAAGAGCAUUUUCUGGGCUGGUAUGGCUGCCAAGGAGUUCUUAAUGUCCACUGGUUUGCCCGGCGCCGGCAUACUAGACUCUUUUGUCUUCAAGAAGAUCAAAGAUGCCACCGGAGGCCGUUUGCGCCUCACUCUCAGCGGUGGUGGACCAGUCUCAAGAGAGACUCAACGAUUCCUCUCCAUGGCUGUAUGCCCCAUGAUCAACGGUUAUGGUCUGACCGAGACCUCUGCUAUGGGUGGUCUCAACGAUCCCAUGGCCUGGACCAACGAUGCCAUAGGCGAAAUCCCAGCCGCCGUCGAGAUGAAACUCGUCGACUUCGCUGAUGCUGGUUACUUUACCAAAAAUGACCCGCCCCAGGGUGAGAUCUGGAUCCGAGGUGUGAGCGUUGCAAAUAGCUACUUCGACAACGACGAAGAAACCAAAGCCGCCUUCUCACCUGAUGGCUGGUUCAUGACCGGUGACAUUGGCCAGUUCGAGCCCAACGGCCAUAUCAAGGUGAUUGACCGCAAGAAGAACCUCGUCAAGUCCCUGAACGGCGAAUACAUCGCUCUCGAAAAACUCGAGUCCAUCUACCGCUCUGCUCCCGUUGUGGCUAAUAUCUGCGUAUACGCCGCUCAAGACCAGGCUAAGCCUGUUGCCAUCAUCGUGCCUGCAGAGCCUGCCCUGCUCCAGCUUGCAAAGUCCAACGGCAUCCAGGGAGACAGCAUCGGCACUCUUGUUCAUGACAAGAAGCUCAACUCCAUCAUCUUGAGAGACAUGCAGAAUGUAGGCAAGUCCGCUGGCCUGCGUGGCUUCGAGAUCAUCGAAGGUGUCGUCCUCUCAGACGAGGAAUGGACUCCUCAGAACGGAUUUGUCACCGCAGCACAGAAGCUACAGCGCAAGAAGCUGGUGAACAAGUACCAGAAGGACAUCGAUCGCGCCUACGGAAAAUCUUCGUAGAAUGGAGCGAAUUCCCUUCUUUCAGGCUAAUACAGCGGGCAUCAAAUCUCACAUCAUCCGUUUGCUCUCCCAGAAGCAUCUCACCGCCGCCUCUCCUUCCAACUAUAUAAUAUACCACUCAAACAAACAACAAAACAAACAAACCUUACCCCUUCCUCCUUGCCCGACUGUCCAGCUUUCAUGUCCAGCUUUCACCAUCGACUUAGCUUGCCGUGUACUUAAUCGAUUGGCCGUAUAUAGCUUUGUCCUUUUUUUUUUCCUGGCCAUUACUCCUUUCGUUUGUUAUUCCCAUCUUUACAUCUACAUUUAUACCUGCCUCCUGAUGUCUCCAUGUGUGUUCCUGUCUGAUUCCACCCACUUUUUCCUUCGGUCGUCUAUUUUCAGUCUGUCCGAGUUCAAAGAAUACUCUCGUCGCUGGAAUUUUGCAAGACUUUCUCUUUUUUCGUUUCGUAUUCUUGUUUUUUUCUCAUGACCGUUAGGAAGGGAUAGUUGAAAAUUCUAGUAUAACUAACUAAUUAUUACCAUGCCCGUCUCCUAAUUCUCCAUCGAUGGCUAUCUGUUCUUUAUGCAUGCAUGCAUGCAUGGAGAGAUCGAGUUGUCAGUGCAUAUGCAAGGCGAGAUGAAUGAGAUUAGAUGAAAGGAGCGGGAGAAUUGCGGUCAGACCUUCGCAGGACUUGGACACUUGCCUAACGAGGCAUAUGAAGAUAUCAGUAUCUUCUGUCUGUAUCUGACAUCUAGUUACUUCUUUUAUGUAUGUAUGCGUAGGGCAAGGGUUUGAUAUGCCAAAGACGGGGGGGGCUUCAAUGAC